CCCUCCUUGAGCCACAGAACCCACUUUGACCCCACACAAUGAAGACGUUCUUGAUCCUCCUCGCUGUCUCCUCCUUGACCUUGGCUGCUAUCAAGAGGGACGUGUCAGGUCACGGCCAAGCCCCUGGAGGAGGUCACCAGCAAGGCCACGCACCGCCUCCACCUCAAGUGUACGAAGCCCCACCACCACCUCCUCCUCAGCCCCACUUCGAACCCCCCGUGCAGUUCGAGGUCCAGCCGCCGCAGUAUGGGUUCCAGCACUACCAGCCCAACUAUGACCCCGCCUGGAACAUCGGCGUGUACGAGGAGGCUUCCCUGACGACCAACUGGCUCGACAAGGGCUUCGAGAUCCUGGUGGAGGUCGUUCCCAUAGCCCUGAGCAUCAUCGUGGUCGUGACUGUCCUGUCGUUCCUUGGCCUCAUCCAGAUCCCUCUCCUCAGGGACUUCAGCACCGCCAAAGAAGAGCUGGGAAGGGCGCUGGCCUCCGUGGACAUCAACCAGGUUGCCGACACUGUGCACUUGGCCAUCGAGAAAUACCACGAACUCUUCGGGUCAUAAGCUGUUCUCCGGCAAAUUCCGUUUUCUUUGAAGCUCCUGACCCGUUUUCUUUUUCGUCUCAUGGAGCUCCACGCCUUCCUCUAUCUGCUUCUGUUUCUCUCAACGUGUUAAAUCUGCAACGCUCGCUCCAAUGCCGUUGACGAUGCCAGGUGCCACGAUGCCAGUGACACGAUGCAUGCCUGCCAGCGACGACUAAAAUACCCAAAAAAGUUGUCCACAAGAACUGCUUCACCAGUGCCACAGGAAGGGUCAAAGGAGGAAUUCCCGUUUUCUGUUAUUUAGGAAACUUUUUGAAAUUAUUUAUUUUUAUUUUGAAUUACUUUAUUAUCU